AUGUCUGCGCUACACCUGGACCAGUACCCAGGUAGAAGAAAACCUCAUAACAGGGUCUGUUUUUCUCUUCUUUUUACAUUUGACUUAAAUUGAUCACACUCCAAAAAAACCCUAAUGAUAAAAUGUUUGUUUUAGUCUGGAGUGACAUGAAAACGAAAAACCAGUAAUGUUAACUUUGAUGCAGUGGCAGUAACAGCUGUCAAAACUGUAAGGAUAACUAUGCUGAAAAUGAACCCAGCUAAACUUGUCAAGUGCACAGUUUUCGACUGUGCUUUAUUGAUAUGUCCAGUUAAACUCCUAUUCUUUCAUAGUAUCAGGAUCAUGCUAAUGUUAAAACUGCAAAAACCUCAUGAAUUAAGACCAACAGAUCCAGAGGAACUACAAGAAGGACAACGAGAACUUCAAGAACACCGUGACAACAUUGACAUGGAUUCUGCUGCAAGGUUGGUCAUCUUUCUGAGGGUAGGUGAUCACCUUAUUUUUAGAUGUGAUCAUCUUGAUUUCAGACUCAGAGGUUUGAGGGGUGUUUUCCAAAACUUGAUCUCAAAUCCAGAAACACGGUUCAAAAGGUGCUUUCAUGACUUGAUUUCAAACCAAAAAAAAAGGGUUCAAAAGGUGCUUUCAAAGACUUGAUUUCAAACAAAAGGAUUUAAAAGGUGCUUUCAAAGACUUGUUCUCAAACAAAAAAGGUUCAAAAGGUGCUUUCAAAGACUUGUUCUCAAACAAAAGGAUUUAAAAGGUGCUUUCAAAAACUUGUUCUUAAACUCAGAAACAUGGUUCAGAAGGUGCUUUCCAAGGUAUGAUUUCAAAACAAAAAAAAUAUUCUAAAAAGGUGCUUUUCAAAAACUUGAUCUCAGACCAAAAAAGGCUUGAAAGGUGCUUUCAGAAUCUUGAUCUCAAACCAAAUACAAGGUCCAAAAGGUGCUGUCGAAAUCUUGAUCUCAAACCACAAACAAGGUCCAAAAGGUGCUUUAAAAAACAAGGUUCCAAAAAGGUGCUUUAAAAGAUGUGCUCUCAAACCCAGAAACAUGGUUCCAAAGGUGCUUUCAAAGACUUGUUCUCAAACAAUAAAAGGUUCAAAAGGUUAUUUCAAAGACUUGUUCUCAAACCCAGAAACAUGGUUCAGAAGGUGCUGUCCAAGGUAUGAUUUCAAACAAAAAAAUAAUUCUAAAAAGGUGCUUUUCAAAAACUUGAUCUAAAACCAAAAAAAGGUUUGAAAGGUGCUUUAAAAAUCUUGAUCUCCAACCAAAAACCAAAAAACAAGGUUCCAAAGGUGCUUUCAAAAACUUGAUCUCAAACCAAAUUCAAGGUUCUUAAAGGUGCUUUAAAAGACUUGAUCUCAAACCCAGAAACAAGGUUCUAAAGGUGCUUUCAAAGACUUGUUCUCAAAAAAAGGCCUCAAAAAAGGUGCUUUCAAAAGACUUGUACUCAAACAAAAAAAGGGCUCAAAAGUUGCUUUUCAAGGAUUGAUUGCAAACAAACAAAAAGGUUUGAAAGGUGCUUUCAAAGAUUUAAUUUAAAAAAAUAAAAAAUUUAAGAUGUUUUCAAAGCCUUAGUCUUGAACCAAAAAAGCUUCAAAGGGUGCUUUAAAAUACUUUACCUCAAACCCCAAAAAAGUUCUAAAAGGUGCUUCCAAGGACUUGAUCUUAAACCCAAAAUACAAGGUUUAAAAGGUGCUUAAAAAAACUGUUUCUUAAAACAAGCAAAGACGGUAUGUUAAAAGUCUGCUCUCAAAAGGUCUGUCAGCAAAAUCACUAUCAACUAAAACUAAGUUUCAAAACCACCAACAUCGCAACAACCGUCAAAGUGCUUCCAAAGGAUCCAAUGGAAACAACAACAAGACAGCAACGUUUGCACAUUGUUUCUAUCAGAUGUAACUGUCAACACUAAACAGAACGAGGACAAUAAACAAACUGUGAAGAUCCUCCAACUGUUUUUGUUAAAACUGUAGUUUUUCUUAUUUUUAUUUCUUUGUAUUUUUGUGAACCUUUGAAUCUCUGAAAUGGAAUCCUUGAACUGUGCUUGUCAUGAUCUGCAUGUGUUGUACUUUUUUUUUUUUUUUAAACUUAUUUAUUUUCUGUAUGUUUGGCCAUUUUUCUUUGGGUGCAUAUGUAUGUCUGCUUUCCUCCGAACAUAAGCAGGUCUGACGAGGUGACCACUCUUUUCCUGGAGGAACUGUUGCUGCAGAAACUCAAAGUGCCGCCUUCCUGUUCCGUCUGGGAAAUCCAAGGGUGGUCAUCUUGUUGAAGGUAAGAUGAACUUUUCAUUGUGGUAACGUUAUGUUUUCCCCAAAGUAACCACAAGAAAGCAUUUAAGAAACCAGGUCCUGCAUUCUGAUAACUUCACCCAUAUUCAGUUUAAAACAGAUUUUCUAAUGCUGCACCUCACCAUCACUGUUUUUAAGUCGAGUAUUUUCUGCAUUUGUAUGUGUGUCUCUCUCCUUUUCCCCAACCAUCACAGAAGUGAGCAUCUUCAGUGUUGAAGCUGGCAACCACCAAUGUCUUCAGGAAGGAUCUAGAUCACCUCUAAGAGAGUCAGGCAUCUUUGUGCUGCAGGUAAGAUGUGACGGGAAACACCACUUAACACACUGUCCUAUUGUCACCCAGAUGUCUGAAUGCUUCAACUCCAGAAACAACUUUUCUCUGGUUAUUAAGUCGUUUUCACAAAGGCGCAAUGCAACGUGGGUGUGCCUCAGCUGUUCUACCAAAGUUAAGGCCCACCUAAGCUCGAGCUAUGCCUGUUUUUAUGUUGAUAACAUGUAAGGCUGGGUCAGUGUUUCCAAUGUCGUGACUAUAACCUCUCUUCGAAAACCAGUAGGUGAUGCAACAGCUGUGUAUUUUGUGAGUACUUUGUUGUUUGCAGGUGACUCAAGGAUGUGGAUGCAGGAGAAUAUUAGCUCUUAAGUGACGCUGCAGCCUUUUCUGAUGUUUAACUGUACAGAUUUGUGUGUUUCUGUCUGUAACAAUCAUACUCAUUUUCUGUGCCUGUAAAGACAUAGUUUUAUAUGUUAUUUUUCAGAAACAAGUCCUGAUGUCCUCUAGAAAAGAGCCCAGCUGGAGAAGUGUAUCCAACGUCCCAGUCAAACGAUAAAAACAUUUCAGCCAUAAGGUGGGUUAUUUUAUCAAAAAGGUAGGUGAAUGUCUCUAUUGAAACACAACAGCUGAAACAGUCAUAAUACUCUGAUGCAAAGAUGCAACACCACAAGGUUCAACGAUCAAAAACACAACAAUCAAACCAAAAACAAGGUUUAAAAAGUGUUUUCAGCCACACAACCACAAACCAACAAGGUUCACAACGAUGCGUUCAAAGACAAUACGGAAACAGACAACAAGGUUCAUGAGGUGCUUUCAGGGACAUGAUGGUAACACAAACAAGGUUUGAAUGGUGCUUUAAAUGACACAACAAAAAGGUUUAAAUGGUGCUUUCAAUGACAAAAGGACGAAUCAACAAGGUUUAAAUGGUGCUCACAGGGACACAAUGAUAAUACAAGGUUUAAAUGGUGCUUUCAAUGACAAAAGGGAAAACCACCAACAAGGUACAAAAGGUGGUUUUAACUCAAAAGUUUAACGACAACAGUCAAUAAAUCAAGAAAUGCUAAAAACACUAAAUAAAAACCAAACCAAAAAAGAAAAUUCACAACCAACCGGAGAAUGGUUCAGCAUCACUCAAGGUUAAAAGGGUUUUAUGACUUUAAAAAGGUUAUUUCUGUUUUCAUGAAACUUGGUUGGCAUGAAAAUGUCAAAAAAAAUGUCAGUUGCAAGUUUUACCAAAUACUUGCUGAGCCCACCACUAAAACAACAAAAUCCAAAAAGCAAAACAACAACUCUUAAGGAAACAACAAAUCGGCAAAGUUCACUCAGUUCUCCAAAAGGAAACCAACUCAACAAGGACAACCUCAACAUCAACUACAACUUCAGGCCUCACCAACGUCUCCUCUACAGCUUCAACUAAAAUGAGGGGGACAAUGAACUGUAACCAUAAAAUGUUUUUUUGUUUUGUUUCUUUUUGACCCUCCAGUCUCUGUAAAAAUCUGAGUUGUUUGUUUUCUUUGUGUUUUUUCUUCUUCUUUUUGUUUUGUUUCUUUUCGACCCUCCAGUCUCUGUGAAAAUCUGAGCUCUGUACUUGUCAUGGUUUUUUGUGUCCUGUUUUUAUGCCUCCCUUUGGCUGCAUAUGUAUGUCUCUGCUUUUCCCCUAAACAUGACGGAGGUGUCGAGCCGUGGCGUUGGAUGUGCUGACCACCACCAGGUCCUGGGAGGAUCUGAUGCUGCCCCACUUCGAUGAGCUGCUCCUCCAUCCAGACUGGGAAGUUUUUAAGAGUCACCGUCAAGCUGAAGGUUUCUGAAGUUCUCUUUUAAUGAUUUUGAGAAACUUUUUAAAGUUCUUGUAGUUGUUUUCACCGAGGUCCAAACACUCCAGCUUUUCUGGGGGUUUGUAGACGCCCAAGAGAAAAUUGAUUUUAAAUCUUUCUGUUGAAUCUUUUAAGUCUGUUUCCAAUGUAGUGACCCAUCUUUCUGCUUCUCCAAAAUCUAUCUUGUGUUGUUACAGUCUACAUCCAAGAAGACCCUGGCAGACCCCAUCACCUGCUGGACUCUGAGCUCCUGCAUACUGGGUUACAGGUGAGCAUAGAGUACAGAUUCCACCACCUACAAAAAAAAACCUGGUACAGCAGUUUUAUCUGAAACAUCCAUAUUUCCUAACCCCUGCCAAUUUUAAUCUCUUCCAAACACCAGUGCUUUGCCCACUUUGAGGGACGGAUCUUCUUCAUUCUGGACCCCUUUAACUGAAGUCUGCACCAGCACAGAAACCUGCUUCUGGACACCAUCAGACUCUACCAGAUGCCGUGGGCACCAUCCCUGAGAAACCGGUACAUAAAACAGAGAUAAUGAUUCACUUGUAGGUUAAAAACUGUGCUGGUCUAAAGAAUAAAUUUGUCCUUUUGUUUUAGGACUACACCGAGACGUCGAUGACCCCCUCUUGCUCCAGGACCCGGCUGAAGAAUGAAGACAAAAGACUUGGUCCCCUGAUUGGAGGUAAGUAAAUCUUUGCGAGUGGUUUUGCUUGUUUCAGUCAAAGUUUUAUGGUGAUAAAUUGAUGUUAACAGUCCACUAACUGGAUCUGAUCCCUGUCUGCCUUCUGUAGUCACCACCCUGCAGGCGGACUUCCUGUCUCACUGUGAGCCCGUAGACCUUCAACCUCGUCCAGAAAACCCUUACUCAGGACAUGGUGAGUGCGCCUUUCUCUUUCAGGCUCUACUUUGAGGAGCACACAUGAGCAGCUUUCUUAAAUCCUAACAGAUGAGUCCGUUAAGAUGAUGAUAGUUGGAUGUUUUUACUCGAUGGGCACAGAUAAACCUCCACAACCCAUGAAGAGUGCAAGCUUUGCUAUGUCACUGUCACUUUAUAUCACUGACAUUAUCAGUAUUAUUGACAUUAUAGGAUAUAGGAGACCUUUUCUGACUGAUAGAAAACUAAAUGAAAACGAGGCAGGAUAUUCACUCAUGACAGUUUUCUUCAUUUACAGGAGGAUACUCGAGUCUCGACUGA